AUGUCUCGCCGAUCCCUACGACAGCCGUUGCUGCUGCUGCUGCUGCUGUUGCUGCUGCUGCUGCUGCUGCUGCAGCAACAGCAGCAGACACAGGUAUAUGCAGCCGCCCUGAGGCAGCAUGCGUUCCUCUCUCUGUCUUCUUUAGCUGCCCCCCCCACACAGAGAAACAAGCCCCUGCAGCAGGCGCAGCAGCAGCAGCAGCAGCAGCAGCAGCAACUGCAGCAGCAGCUGCAGCUGCAGCAGCAGCAGCCCUUAAUGUACCUCUUCGAUGGCCCCGCCAUCCGACGCAGCUUGAACCUUAGCAGCAGCAGCAGCAGCAACAGCAGCAGCAGCAGCAGCAGCAGCAACGUACAGCUGGGGAGCUGUCUAUACACCCCAUCAUCACGUGCUGCCGCCGCCCUGAGGCAGCAUGCGUUCCUCUCUCUGUCUUCUUUAGCUGCCCCCCCCACACAGAGAAACAAACCCCUGCAGCAGGCGCAGCAGCAGCAGCAGCAGCAGCAGCAGCAGCAGCAGCAACUGCAGCAGCAGCAGCAGCUGCUGCAGCAGCAGCCCUUAAUGUUCCUCUUCGAUGGCCCCGCCAUCCGACGCAGCUUAAACCUCAGCAGCAGCAGCAGCAGCAGCAGCAACAGCAACAGCAGCAGCAACGUACAGCUGGGGAGCUGUCUAUACGCCCCAUCAUCACGUGCUGCCCAGCAGCAGCAGCAGCAGCAGCAGCAGCAGCAACAGCAGCAGCAGCAGCAGCAGCAGCAACAUUGGUUGAAUACGAUGAUGAUGGUGUCUACGCGCCGCUACCGCCGUGAGUUGUUGCUGCUGCUGCUAAACAAAAUAAAAUAG